CAGCGAACGACACACAGGUGCCGCUUGCCAUUCACAAUCAGCUGCAUGCGCCGGAAGAAAUAUUUUUGAGUAAACGUUUUUUUCGGUGAUUUUGGGUUAAAGUAGUGAAAUUGUUGACCAAAUCGCCUGCAAGAUGAAGCUGCUGCACAAGACGCUGCUCAGCGGUCUGCUGGUGGUGGCGAUUUUCGCUAUUUACGCGGCCGCGCAGGCAAAACCAAAGACGGGCCUCUCGCUGUCGGAGAAAGUACAAAACCUGGUGGAGAUGAACAUGAAGAAGCCGCUGCUCCGCUUCAAUGGCCCCAAGUUCCGGGAGUACGUGAAGAGUGCCCCCCGGAAUUAUUCCAUGAUCGUAAUGCUUACGGCUCUGGCGCCCUCGCGACAAUGCCAGAUAUGCCGGCACGCCCACGAUGAGUUUGCCAUCGUGGCCAACUCGUACCGCUUCUCCUCCACCUACUCCAACAAACUGUUCUUCGCCAUGGUCGACUUCGAUGAUGGAUCCGAGGUUUUCCAGCUCCUGCGCCUGAACACCGCCCCCGUGUUCAUGCAUUUCCCGGCCAAGGGCAAGCCAAAGGGCGCCGACACCAUGGACAUCCAUCGCGUGGGCUUUGCCGCCGAUUCCAUUGCCAAAUUUGUGGCCGAACGAACGGACAUCACCAUUCGCAUCUUCCGUCCGCCCAACUAUUCGGGCACCGUGGCGAUGAUCACUCUGGUUGCCCUGGUUGGCAGUUUCCUCUACAUCCGACGGAAUAACCUGGAGUUCCUGUACAACAAGAACCUGUGGGGCGCCAUCGCCGUGUUCUUCUGCUUCGCCAUGAUCUCGGGCCAGAUGUGGAAUCACAUUCGUGGACCGCCGCUGGUACACAAGUCGCAGAACGGUGGCGUGGCCUACAUCCACGGCUCCUCACAGGGCCAACUGGUGGUAGAGACCUACAUCGUCAUGUUCCUGAAUGCCAUGAUUGUGCUGGGCAUGAUUCUGCUGAUCGAAUCGGGAACCCCAAAGAGCCACAACAAGAACAGGAUAAUGGCGAUGACUGGUUUGGUGCUGCUCACCGUCUUUUUCUCCUUCCUGCUGUCCGUUUUCCGUUCGAAGGCGCAGGGUUAUCCCUAUAGUUUCUUGUUCAAAUAGAAUCGACUGAAGGUCCUGUUCCAGUUCAAGUUCACCCUAUAUCGUUUUGUAGUUAAAAUCACCAGCGAGCACACAUUUUUCGUGCGUGUAAAACGACUUUAAUAAAUUCCACUACUAAAUUA